AUGAGAAACACGACUGGAAUAUCGCGAGAAAGACCGCCAUCGGAAUUCACCUCUUGUUGCCGGAAAUCGCAUUUAGAAGCCGUCGGAAUUCAAAUUUUUUCGCCGGAAAUCGCUUCUUGUGGAGAGUAUAAAGCUACUAACACAAUUAAAGCAUCUGGAAGCAGAAAGACUAAUUGUAAGUUUGAAUUGCAAGGAAAGUAUUCAAAAGUAUUGGAUCGAUGGACGCUAAGGGUAAAAUGUGAUGAACAUAAUCAUGCACCUGCACAACAUAUGGAGGGUCAUCCAUUUGCACGACGAUUAUCUGUUGAUGAGAAUCGUUUGGUGGCAAAUUUAACAAGAAAGCAUGUAGCGCGAUGCCAUAUCUUGUCAACAUUGAAGGAGCAAAACGAAAACAAUGUGUCGGUAAUUAAAACAAUAUAUAAUGCACAACAAAAGAUUCGCAUGCACGAGAAAGCUGGAAAAACUCCAAUGCAGGUUCUUAUGUCCAUUUUGCACAACAAUAAUUAUAUCUAUGAGCUUACUACAGAAGGUGAUGGAAAUUGUGGGUUUCGAGCGGUAGCUGUCUGUCUAGGGUAUAAUGAAGACCAGUGGCUUUAUAUUCGAAAACAAUUGCUUGAAGAGUUAGAGAGUCAAUAUUACGCAUAUCAUAGAGUUUUUACUGACGGUUUCAACGAGCUCCGUUGCUUGCCACCAUCUACUCUAAUCGAUUCGUUGUUCUACAACCAUCGACAUCUUUUAACUGUUGCUUUUAAAAAAAAUAGGAUGUGGUUCCAUCGACUUGGCAGUCCAGGUUCUGGUGACCGCUGUUCGACGUUUACACCACAGACAACAUGCGAAUUUGCAGGGAUUUCCAAGCACUAUGAUGUUGUCGAUCUUUUACUGUGUCCCUGGCUUCAACAAUUGAAUGAGGGUAAAACGGUGAAAACGUUGGGUAGAUCACAACUUCAUUAUCAGUCAAAGAAAGUCAAAGUCGUGGUCCCCUUUUUACACUUAAAGAAAGAUUCCAAUAGAACACGCAAAAGAUAUGUCAACAAUGGCGUCCAUUGACAAAAUAAAUAUUAGCAAGGAGACAUGUAAGGUGUUUUCUCCGAGUACAAAAGGUGUUGUUUUUGUUUGGUGGGAGAUUCUAGCACAAUAUCAAUUUUGGUAACCUGCAAUGUAUAUGGUAUUUGAUUUUUGUUAGAUAAUCAUUUAACAUUUUAUUUAUUCCAAUCUGUUUUCUCUGGAGUACAAAUGGUGAUGUUUUUCUUUGGUGCAUGAUUUGAUCAUUCAAGGAAAUGAAAACAAAGAAGAAUAUAAGAUUGUACUUUCAUUGUUU